CCCCUGUCAGUGCAGGCGGCCGCUCGGCAGGGGGAGAUCAGUGUGUGCUCGGAUCGGGACGAUGAAGGCGGCGUUAGAGAUGAAGCCCGGACUGACCAUCAUCAAGACGGAGAAGGUGGAAUAUGAGCCGAUCUCCUGUGCCGAUAUGGAGUGCGGUGAUGUGCCUCUGCUGACCCCCAGCAGCAAGGAGAUGAUGUCACAGGCCCUCCGCGCCACCUUCAGCGGCUUCACCAAGGAACAGCAACGCCUGGGCAUCCCCUUCGAUCCCCAGGAGUGGACAGAUGCUCACGUCAGGGAAUGGGUGUUAUGGGCAGUGAAUGAGUUCACGCUAAAGGGAGUGGAGCUGCAGAAGUUCUGCAUCAGCGGAGCAGGGCUGUGUGCUCUGGGGAAGGACCGCUUCUUGGACCUGGCACCGGACUUUGUCGGAGACAUCCUGUGGGAGCAUUUGGACAUCUUGCAAAAAGACUCCAAAUUGUACCAGACAAGCGAGAUGGCCCCCGCCUAUCACGAGCCCAGAUACACCACCGACUACUUUAUCAGUUAUGGAAACGAACAUGCACAGUGCGUUCCACCUUCAGAGUUCUCAGAGCCCAGUUUUAUCACAGAAUCCUACCAGACCCUCCACCCCAUCAGUUCGGAGGAACUCUUGUCUUUGAAAUAUGAGACGGACUACCCCUCCCCCAUCCUGAGAGACCCCCUACAGCCUGACUCUCUCCAGGGAGACUACUUCACUAUCAAGCAGGAGGUGGUGUCACCGGACAACAUGUGUGUGGGCAGGAUCAGCCGAGGCAAGCUUGGCGGACAGGAGUCAUUUGAGAGUAUCGAGAGUCACGACAGCUGUGACCGCCUCACUCAGUCAUGGAGCAGCCAGUCUUCGUACAAUAGCCUGCAGCGUGUCCCGUCGUAUGACAGCUUUGACUCGGAGGAUUACCAACCUGCACUGCCCAACCACAAACCAAAAGGAACCUUCAAGGACUAUGUGAGGGACCGGGCCGAGCUGAAUAAAGACAAGCCAGUCAUCCCUGCUGCUGCCCUUGCAGGAUACACAGGCAGUGGACCAAUCCAGCUUUGGCAAUUCCUCUUGGAGCUCCUUACAGACAAGUCAUGCCAGUCUUUCAUCAGCUGGACGGGGGAUGGCUGGGAAUUUAAACUGUCCGACCCAGAUGAGGUUGCCCGGCGUUGGGGGAAAAGGAAGAACAAGCCUAAGAUGAACUAUGAAAAGCUGAGCCGUGGACUUCGAUACUACUAUGACAAGAACAUCAUUCACAAGACGGCCGGCAAGCGCUAUGUCUACCGCUUUGUAUGUGACUUGCAAAGCCUUCUGGGAUAUGUACCAGAGGAGCUCCAUGCCAUGUUGGAUGUUAAACCAGACAACGACGAAUAGAAACACUGUCAGUCUUAUUGGAAAAAAAAGACCAAAGCCCCUCUCUCUAGGAAUGUGUGAGAUGGACACAAAGGAUUCUGGGAAGAGGGGUCUCUCCACAUGCCAGGCUGGAUUAAGAGACAUGGCUACUUAAGAAGCUAGCUGGGUUCUUCCCUGCCUUAAAGCUGAAUGAGGACCAAGAGAAGAGCAAGUCGAUGGCUUGUUUUAUUAAUCAGAAUCAUUCCCGAUGUCGUGCCAGUAUUUCUGACUUUUUCAUUUUAUCUUGAAAGCUGAUUUCCUUUAAAAAGUUACAAUAUGUGCAAAGAGAAAAGCAGAGUAGCAGCCUCAGAGGCGGGUCAUAUCCGGAGCGGAGCAACGGUACCGCAAGGCUCAGAGCCCUACGUAAGUCUCGUGCAGGUUUUGUGCUUGAUGUGACCACAGAGCUCCAGUGUUAAUUGAAUCUUCUCAGGACCCAAGUGCAAAUACAGUAACCAAAUGGCAGCCAAUCCUUGCCUGUAUUUCACCGCAUAAAACGCCAUAAGCCCCCCAAACGCCUAAUUUCCUCUAUUGUAAGCUUUCUCACUGAGCCGCCAACAUGACUUCUCUCCAUCUUAAGUGUUCUUCCCAGAUUGUAUUUUUAUAGAGAUAAGAAUUAUAUGUGUAUAUAUUUUAUAAGAAAGUUUUUUUUUUUUAAUGAGAUAGUUGUACAGAUUUAAAGUUCUUUUUCUUUUUUUUAAGUGUGCCAAAGAUGUUUCUCUAUUGGCUCUGGUCAGCUGUGACAAUCCUAUGUGUUGUAGUAAGGACACUGCUUAAAGUGUAGGUCCCGCCAAGACUUUCCUUCCGUAGUAAAGGAGAUGGACGUGCAUUUGAAUCCGUUCUGGAUUUUUUAUUUUUUUUACUUCUGUUCCACUGGAGAGAUUUCCACUCGCUUCUGGUCCCAGUCACAAUGAUUUCUCCAGUAAGGGAAAAUCUCCAACAGCAAAACGGACAGACUAGAAUCAGUAUCAGAUUUUAACAUCUUGCACGUGGAAAGGCAAAAAAA